AUGUCUGUUCGUGUGGUCGCGCGUAUUCGUCCUCUCCUCGACAAGGAGCUGGAUAAGGACACCAUUGUUCGCGCCGACAGCACCGAGGAAGGCAAGCCGGCCACGUUGGUCAAGAUCCCGAACCCCAAGAACGAGAGCGAGGAAUUUUCCUUCGCCUUCAACAGCGUCUAUGACCAGACGACGACGCAGGACGAGCUUUUUACGUCAGAGGUCGCGCCCCAUAUCAAGGCGCUCUUCCAGGGCCUAGAUGUCACCAUCUUUGCAUACGGAGUCACGGGAACUGGCAAGACACACACGAUGCGGGGCGGCUUGAAACUGGUGGACCGAGGUGUGAUUCCUCGCCUUUUGAGCGGCGUGUAUCGACGCGGCAAAAAGAUUGCCAAGGACACGGGUGGCGAGACGAGUGUCGAUGUGGCCUUAUCAUACUACGAGAUUUACAACGACAAGGUGUUUGAUCUGUUCGAGCCCCCGGAUAAGCGUCAGCCCUCGGGCCUCCCUCUCCGUGAGAAGGACGGCAAGACUAUGGUGGUGGGUCUGUCAGAACGCGCCUGCGAGGACCUUCAGGAUUUCUCGCGUCUCUACAUUGAAGCCAACAACAACCGCGUCACGGCCGCCACCAAGCUCAACGCUCACAGUAGCCGAAGCCAUGCCAUCAUGCGGGUCAAGGUGACCCAGACGACGGGCAAUCAGGUUCUCGAAAGCACAGCGUCGGCCAUUGACUUGGCUGGCUCCGAAGACAAUCGUCGGACGGACAACGGAAAGGAGAGACUCGUCGAGUCAGCUGCCAUCAACAAGAGCCUCUUUGUCCUGUCCCAGUGCAUCGACGCCAUCUCUCGGGGGGACAAGCGGAUCCCCUACCGCGAGUCCAAGAUGACGCGUAUUCUCAGCCUGGGUCAGAACAACGGCAUCACAAUCAUGAUCCUGAACCUGGCCCCCAUUCGCAGCUACCACCUUGACACCCUGAGCAGCCUGAAUGUUAGUUCCAGAGCCAAACGUAUCGAGGUUCGAGAGAUCGAAAACGAGGUCGUCUUCAAGCAGGCCCCGCGUACAAACACGGGCAGCUCUACGAUGACGCAGCGGCAACCUCUGCGUCCCUUGGCCAACGCCCACAAUAUCCACAGCGGCGCCAUUGCCUCAGCCAAGGCAACCGAAAAGGCCGACGCCACCCGUCCGGUCAAGCUUUUUAACGUCUACACUGAUCGUAGCAAGCCGGCGGCUCCUGUACGCCCGGCUGCCAACACUACCCAGGUGCGGAAGCCCCUCGCAGACCGCGAGUCGGCGCCCAAGGCUGCCAAAGCCACCCGGCCCCCUCCACCCGCGCAACAGAAGCUUUCGAUAUCCGCGGAGCAACUGGAGGCCAUUGUCGAGAAAAAGGUGAGCGAGAUACUCGCAUCUAGAGAGAGCAAGACGACCGAGCCGGCUCCAGCACCCGCCCACCCCGACAUAAACGACGCUGUCCGCCGACGGUUGGAGGCACUUGAGCGACGCAUCGAGAGUGAGGAGCGGGAACGUGACGAUACCCGGUCGGAGGGGCUUCGUUUCUUGUUGGCGGCUAGGCAGGCGAAGGAGGCCGGCAAUGAUGUUGUCGCGCUGCAGAUGUACGAGCAAGCACUGCCGUUUUUCCCUGGCCAGGCAAAGCUCUUGGGCAAGAUCGAAAAGUUGCGCUCAAAGCUUGGAAACAGGCUUCCCGCCGAAACAGCGUGGGCCCCGGCAUCGACUCGUGACAAGCAUGAGAAGAAGCGGAGGAGAAUCACGGACGAGAGUGACGAUGAGUGCCAGCAGCAGGCCAAAGCUGAUGAAGACAUGAGCUUUGUGGACGUCUCGGCCAAGAUGAAGAGCCGAAAGGCCAAGCCGACCAAGACCCACAAGAUGAACUUCCGGGAAUCCACGGGACCACCAUCUCCCCAGACCCUGAAUUUGUUGAGCAUUGUUAACUCCCGGGACCUUGCGAGGAUUAAGGGAUUGCACGGAUUUGGGUCCAAGAAGGCCCAGGACCUUGUCGACUACCUUGACACAAUGUCGGAGGAGAAGAACGCCCAGGCCGAGAUCGAAUCAUUGGCGCAGCUCAAGACCAUCCCUGGAAUGGGCGGUCGGACCGUCGAACGUGCGUACGACGGGCUUGUCGGUGCUGUUUAG